UUGUGGGUGUUCUCAAUUCCCAAAGCCGCGUCAGAGUCAGCUGACAGAGAGGCUCUUUGAAGCGGUCGACAUCUUGAAUUGGAAUAAGAAAGUGAAAUAAAAACCUUGAUCUUAAUCAUACUGUUUGAAAAGUAUUGCUUUCAGGACACGUAGCAAAGUCUUGUGAUCUAAACGGGCCUGUGCAUCUUCAGGGGCGUUAUUGGCAUGGGAAACAUGUGUUAACAUUGCCAAAGCAAGUGAGUCAUCCUCAUGGCCUGUUAUGACUGAGAGGCUGCCAUCAUGAUUGGAGGAUUGUUCAUCUACAACCACAAGGGGGAGGUGCUGAUCUCCCGCGUCUACCGCGAUGACAUAGGGCGCAACGCGGUGGAUGCGUUCCGCGUGAACGUGAUCCACGCGCGGCAGCAGGUGCGCUCGCCGGUCACCAACAUCGCCCGCACCAGCUUCUUCCACGUCAAGCGCUCCAACAUCUGGCUGGCGGCGGUCACCAAGCAGAAUGUCAACGCUGCCAUGGUGUUCGAGUUCCUCUACAAGAUGUGCGACGUCAUGACGGCCUACUUCGGCAAGAUCAGCGAGGAGAACAUCAAGAACAACUUUGUGUUAAUCUACGAGCUGCUGGACGAGAUCCUGGACUUUGGCUACCCCCAGAACUCGGAGACUGGCGCACUGAAGACCUUCAUCACUCAAACGGGCAUCAAGAGCCAGUCCAAGGAGGAGCAGUCUCAGAUCACCAGUCAGGUGACUGGGCAGAUCGGCUGGCGUCGCGAGGGCAUCAAGUACCGUCGCAACGAGCUCUUCCUGGAUGUGCUGGAGAGCGUCAACCUGCUGAUGUCUCCACAAGGCCAGGUGCUGAGCGCCCACGUCUCAGGCCGCGUGGUGAUGAAAAGCUACCUGAGCGGCAUGCCGGAGUGCAAAUUUGGCAUGAACGACAAGAUCGUCAUCGACAAACAGGGCAAGGGGGGCGCCUCCGAGGAGGCGGCGGGCAAAAGUGAUUUGGGGGGCAGUGGCGGUGGUGGCGGUAAGCAAUCCAUAGCCAUUGACGACUGUACAUUCCACCAGUGUGUGCGUCUCAGCAAGUUUGACGCUGAGCGCAGCAUCAGCUUCAUUCCUCCGGACGGAGAGUGUGAACUCAUGAGGUACCGCACCACCAAGGACAUCAUCCUACCCUUCCGUGUCAUCCCCCUUGUCAGGGAGGUGGGCCGCACCAAGCUUGAAGUCAAGGUGGUCAUUAAGUCCAACUUCAAGCCCUCGCUUCUGGCUCAGAAGAUUGAGGUGCGCAUCCCCACCCCUCUCAACACCAGCGGGGUCCAGGUGAUCUGCAUGAAGGGCAAGGCCAAGUACAAGGCCAGCGAGAACGCCAUCGUCUGGAAGAUCAAGCGUAUGGCAGGGAUGAAGGAGUCUCAGAUCAGUGCCGAGAUCGAGCUGCUGCCCACCAACGACAAGAAGAAGUGGGCGCGCCCUCCCAUCUCCAUGAACUUUGAGGUGCCAUUUGCUCCGUCCGGGCUCAAGGUGCGCUACCUGAAGGUGUUCGAGCCCAAGCUGAACUACAGUGACCACGACGUCAUCAAAUGGGUGCGCUACAUCGGCCGCAGCGGCAUCUACGAGACACGCUGCUAACCGCCCCCCCUCGCGAUCGGGCGGAAAGAGCGGUGCAACAGGGAGGAGGGAGCGAAAGACAACAACAUGGGAUCGCUACCUUCCCAUCGAUUCUGUUUUUCCCCAUCGGCUGGCUGACAAAUGAAAUCAAAUUUUAAAAAACAGGACCAUGCUUUCAAAAGUGUUGAAAAUUAUGAAAUGAUUAAACACAUAAAUGUAUAGAUACUGCAAACGUCCUGUAGAGUACAAAAAAUACCAUCUGCAUCUAAAAGGUCUUUGACCUCUUUUAAUCGAAACAAAAAAUCCAUUCCACCCCUAUGAGAUGUAGUUUCUUCUACUGAGCAGAGCAACAUAGGGCUCUGGUCAAAUUAAAGCCACAGGUUACAUUACCAUAGUUGUCUACUAUUCCUGUUCUACCCGUCUAUUCCUCAUGGAACUGAAUUAGUGGAUGACUGUACCCCUUGCCAAUAACCACAGAUCUGACCAUGUGUCAUUGGCUUAGGGGUAACUGCUACCCUCCCUCUCUUGAUGCUGGUGUAGUAGUGUGUGUGUCGCUCUUCUGUUCUCCUGUCCUACCUCUCUCUCCCCAGCCCUGCCCCUGUAUCUGUAUAUCCAACCGGUGGAGUCCCUCUUUAGCCUCGUGUGUAGUUUGCAGCAGUAUGCAGUGUAGAUGCAUCCAUUAAGUGUCAUGCCAUGUUCAAUACAUUUUAUAUACGUUUCGUUUUUUUGUAACACCCCGCCUUCCCUUUAGUAUAUUAGUGAUGACUCGUCUUGUGUUUUUGUAAUUAGUGCUUUGUCGUGCUUCUCUAAAGCUCUCUGGCCCCCAUUUCCGUCGCGCUCACUGUCUUUUCCUACACUCGAGUCCUCUACUAUUUCAAUAGCUGUGAGUUAGUGUCAUUGUCAUGUAUGAUUCCUCUAUUUACGCAGAUAUAACAAUGAAGAUUUUUUUAUCUGUGGUUCCUGUUGCUUUCUGUCUAAGUGCUGCAGAGAUUCAUUCUGUGUGACCGAAAUGGUCAGUUUUAGGAACAAACCAAAUUCAUUGACCAACUGAGAACGGCAUACAUCUGUCUGAAUAUGAAUAUAUAUAAACACAUUUCUAUAUUGUAUGGAUCGAGCAGAGCCAGUUGUUGCGGUCUCAAGAGUCUGCUGUUCGUGACGGUGUCUGUUUAGGAGACUCAGUUGAGCGGAUCUCUGUGUGUCUGUGUUGCUAUUCUCCCCCAGGACCAUGUUCUGCUCAACAUCUUUUAGGAGUCUGGAAUUCUGACCCUCCCAUGCGCUUUACAUUAGCAUGGGUGUAUUUCUUGUCCAGUUAAAGGGAUAGUUCACCCAAAUUACACUGGCAUUGGUUUCCUUACCCUGUAAGCCAGUCUAUGGACAAGGUAUGACAACAACAUGCUUUGGUUUACUUUCCCUGGCACUGUUAUUACGUGCUAACGUUUUAGCAUUUUUAGCACAAAUCUCAUUCAAGUCAUGGGACCAAUAUUGGCAUUUGUCAUACAUCAUGUUCAUACAUUUGGACAUGAUGAAUAAGAAUUUGUUCUUAACUGACUUGCCUAGUUAAAUAAAGGUUCAAUUAAAAAAAAUAUGCGUAAAAAUUGCUAAUAUCGGUCCCAAGACUUCAAUGGGACUUGUGGCCCAAAUGCUAAAAUGUUAGCAUGUAGCAACGGUGCCAGGGAAACUAAACCAAAGCAUGGCUUGCUCUCAUACCUUGUCCAAAGACUGCUUACAGGGUAAGAAAACCAAAUCGUAAUUUGGGUGAACUAUCCUUUUAAGCUUCAAUAAAGCGCUAUACUCCAUGUGCACUGAUUCCCCCACCCAUACAAAAAUAUUGUUUACAACUUCAUUUUGAAAUCCGUUUAAUGAAGGGGUUUGGAUUUAUGGAACAAUGGUGUGUGUUUACCAGAGAGCGAGAGAUGGCCUGCGUCCCAAAUGUCUCCCCGUAUAGUACAUUACUUUUAGUCUCGAUCCCACAUGGCACCCUGAGUGCUCAACUCCUCUCAGCCUACUAGACUUGGACUGCUUGCAUUUCAAAUGAACAUUGUAAAACAUUCCACAUUUUCACUGCGGUGCGACUUGAGAUAGCAUUCCUCUUCCUCCCAUAUUCCUUUUACUUCCAUCAUGGCUUUUGUGUGCAUUAAACAAAGGCUAUCAGAUUGUCUGAGCAGUUGCAACAAACACUGAGUGACACUACAAAGUUUCCAUUCUCUUUUUCUCUGUCACUACAUUCUACUAAUUAACACUAAAAUUGGUUCUGCUAACUUCUGAAAAACCCUAUCUCUCUGGCUGUCUGCAAUGGCACACUAUUCCCAAAACCCCAUGGGCCCUGGCCAAAAGUAGUGCACUAUAUAGGCAAUAGGGUGCCAUUUCAGACCUAGUCUCUUCCUCUGGUCAAUGCCCACUAUGUCAUGCCACACCCUGAGAGAUGGGGAGGGAGAGUCCUGGGGGCUUGCCCCCUCCGCUUCAAUGUUUCAAUGGGCUCCAUUUGGUAACUUUGUGACUGUCAAGGUAAUCCCAAUAAAAAGAAAGGUGUAACCACUGGAA